GAAAUCAAGGCCGGUCGUCGUAAAUGAGCGCAAGGAACCGAUCUCGACUUUGAUUGAGGCCUGCUUUUCAAAUUUUCUGGAGAAAAGAAAGCUUUUAGUCUCUUUUUAAUCCGUUUUCUCGGGCCUGAUUGGUUUAAAUAAGUGGCUGAAGCUAUGAAUAUUAGGGGAAAUAAAUUUGUGAGGCUUGAAUCAGAUAAAUCUUUAACUGAGCGUUAUGCUGAUGCAACUUUUCCGAGAAAAGUUAGAACCUCUCUGGCUUCUGUUAUGGAAAGUGUCCGGAGAGGGGUUGAGAUGGGUUCUCAAAGGGUCAAAAGCUUCAGAAAACCUAUGAACGUAAGGUCUUCCCGUAACAAGUCAGUAAAAGAUUCAGGUUCUUCGAAGAAAAUUCUUGAUCCACAGGGAUCUUUCCUUAAAAUCUGGAAUAAAAUAAUUCUCUUAGCCUGUAUAAUUGCUUUGGCACUGGACCCUCUUUUCUUCUACACCCAAGUGGUUGUGAAUGACGGAACCCAAAAAUGCCUCAACCUGAAUAAAAGACUGGCAAACAUUGCCUGUGUCCUUCGUACACUCAUCGAUGCCUUUUAUAUAAUUCACAUGAUCUUUCAAUUCCGAACUGGGUUCUUUGCCGCUCCUUCUAGAGUCUUUGGUAGGGGUGACUUGAUUGUUGAUCCUUGGGCUAUUGCAAAGAGGUACUUUUUCACAUACUUCAUCAUCGACGUCCUGUCAAUUCUUCCACUUCCACAGCUUGUAAUUUUGCUUGUCCCUUCAUUGAAAGACCAGCCGGUUGCAUUUGUAACGAAGGAGUCGUUGAAAUACAUUAUUUUCUGUCAAUAUGUACCGAGAAUUGUUCGAAUUGUUCCCCUUUAUACAGAAGUUACACGAACUUCAGGCAUUAUCACUGAGACUGCUUGGGCUGGAGCUGCUCUGAAUCUAUUCCUCUACACGCUAGCCAGCCAUGUUCUUGGGGCCAUCUGGUACAUGAUUUCAGUAGAAAGACAAGAGCGGUGUUGGGGUGAUGUUGCUAGGGGACAUAGUUAUAACCGUACUCUUUUGUACUGUACAUGUAAUGAUUCGGCGGACCAUGGACUAGCCGAAUCAUUUCGUGCUUUGCAGAAAGUCCUGAUCCUGAAUACUUCCUGCUCUUUGAUCAAUCCUGAUGAAAUUACAAAUUCAACAGACUUCAAUUUUGGAAUAUUCUUUGAAGCACUCCAGUCAGAGAUUGUGGGAACUAGGAGUUUCCGUAAAAAAUUCUUUUACUGCUUCUGGUGGGGUCUGCGUAAUCUCAGCUCUCUAGGGUCGAAUCUGAAAACAAGCACUUUUGUUUGGGAGAUUAUCUUUGCUGUUGUCAUUUCCAUUGCUGGACUGGUUUUGUUUGCAUUACUUAUUGGCAACAUGCAGAAAUAUCUGCAGUCUAUUGAGGUGAGGAAGAAGAUUUAAGGUGUGCUGGACUCAAUUUAUGGGUGUAAUAGAUUUAGGUGCAAGGAUUUUGAGCUUGGUAUGUUAUGUAACUUUAGCUGAAUCCGUGGAUCAUCUGAACUGAACAAGAGAUGCAGGCAGCUGACUUUCAGUUGGAAUGAAGAACUUACAGAGCACACAAGAAGUAAAAUCCUCUCAAGCUUCACAUGAAUCACAAAUGACCACCAGAAUAAUCAAACAGUAGAGGCUCAAGCAAUGAUAACAGAAAAGUUUCACGCCAAGAUAUUGAACUUGUGAGGUGCAAAUAUCUUCUUGGGGUUUAUCUAUUUGCUGAUUUUAUUAUGUUUUCUUAAUGUAAUUGUUUGCUUUCAUUGAUUCUUGAUUAUUGCUGGUGAUGGAAAUUUCUUUGAAAUGGUUUUUACAGGUCCAGAAUUUAAUAGAACGGUGUUUGCAGU